AUGUCGAACCGCCAACUCGCCCGCGACAUGCAAGUCGAGUUCCAAGCGCGCUUCCAAGCCAAGCAAGCGCGGCGCGAGGCCCAAAAAGCCGCCAAGCAAGACCCCAUCCUCAAGAAGCAGAUCCAGGAGCUCCUCAAAAAGGGCGAGACCCAAAAGGCCUACCAAAAGGCCAAGAUGCUCCUCAGCAAGCAGGCGCUCGCCUCGCAAAUGGACCAGGUCGCCGACAUGGCGGAGCUGAGCGCCACCCAGAUCCAGGCCAACAAUGCCAUGAACCGCAUGACGCACAUGAUGGCCCAGUCGUCCAAGGUGAUGACUGCCGCGCAGAAGAAUGCCACCCCCGCAAAGAGCCUCGGCGUUCUCGAAAACUUCAAGGAACAAAACGAAGAAUACGCCAUGACGAACAGCAUCUACCAGGACGCUUUUGCGCAGUCCACCUCGGCGCAGGUGCCCGAGGACGCGGUCCACGAACUCCUCGGCAAGCUGGCUGACGAUGCGGGCAUCGAGCUCAACCAGCAGCUGAAUGAGGCGACGCCCGCCGAAGCUGAGCCGGCGACCGAGGUCACGCCCGAGGACGAGGAUAAACUGCAGCAGAGACUGAGGGCUUUGCGGGCCUAA